GCAGGGCUGACUGAUUUCUCCUCGUCUGUUCGGCUCUGCAGCUCCUCAGCUCUCGCUCGUCUGCAGCUAGUCCUGUUUUAGUUAAAUAGUUGUUUAUUUAGUUUGUUGGCUAGUUAGUUUGUUAGCUAGCUAGUCAGGGGUUUGAUGAGGACUCGGAUCGGGCUGUGUGUCUCAGUCUGCUUCAGCAGGGAAGAUGAGCGGAGAUUCAGACGUUCCUCAAGAUCUGCGCGAGAGCGUUCAGGAUGCCGUCGGGCUGCAGCUGAAGGUGUGUUUCCUCAAAAAGGUGAACUUGGAGGUCAAAGGUGACAAACUGGAGAGCAGAGUCCUGGCUCUCGCUCCUCACCGAGUGUUUCUGCUGAGCACACGAGUCCCUGCUAAAGUGGAUCAGUCCUUCAGUGUGUUUGACAUCCAGAGCAUCAGCAGCAUCAGACAGAAGCAGAGAGCAGACUGA